GCUGGGCUCGCGCAGUGGACAGCGGUUGUUCAGAGCGCAGCGCGGCCGGUGAAGCUUUGACUGUGAUACCUGAAGUCAGUGAUACCUGAGCGUUUGAAGGACCGGAUUGAUUUCUUCCUCGUGUUUUAUUGGAUAUUCGUGUUUGUCGCUGUCAACAUGGCUGUGACUGAAGCUGGAUGUGACCUUACUUACUGCAAAAUGAGGGGGAUUGUCGCCGUUCUUACCGCCUUCAUCAAGGAGAGAAAAAUGGGGCUGAAUGACUUCAUCCAAAAGCUGGUGUCAACCCCACAUAUCUGCCAACAUGUCGAAGUGAACAACUUUCUGAAGAUUGAUGAGAAUCAGAAUGAGGAGGUUCAAAAUGAUAGUCUUCCUGAAAGUCCGAUGUGCCUAAAUUCUCGAAGCUCGCUUGCUGAAGAAACACAGAUCAAACCCUGCGAUUUUGACUACCUUAAAAUCAUCGGCAAAGGCAGUUUCGGAAAGGUUCUGCUGGCUCGACACAAGGAGUCCACCAAAUAUUACGCGGUCAAGGUGCUGCAGAAGAAAAUCAUCAUGAAGAAGAAAGAGCAAAAGCAUAUCAUGGCAGAGCGCAGUGUCCUGAUGAAGAACAUCAAGCAUCCCUUCCUGGUGGGGCUGCACUACUCCUUCCAGACCACUGAUAAGCUCUACUUUGUACUUGAUUACGUCAACGGUGGAGAGCUGUUCUACCACCUCCAGAGAGAGAGGAUCUUCCUGGAGCCCAGAGCGAGAUUCUAUGCCGCUGAAAUUGCCAGUGCACUCGGCUACCUCCACUCUCUGCACAUCGUGUACAGGGAUUUGAAGCCUGAGAACAUCCUGUUAGACUCACAGGGCCACAUCGUCCUCACAGACUUUGGCCUCUGCAAAGAGGGAGUUGAGGCUAAUGGUACUACAACAACCUUCUGUGGAACGCCUGAGUAUUUGGCACCUGAGGUUCUCCAGAAACAGGCGUACGACCGCACAGUAGACUGGUGGUGUCUGGGGUCUGUCCUCUACGAGAUGCUUUACGGACUUCCUCCGUUCUACAGCCGCAACACUGCCGAGAUGUACAACAACAUCCUGCACAAGGCUCCAGUCCUCAAGCCCAACGUGUCGAACUCAGGCAGGGAGCUGCUGGAGGGGCUGCUGCAGAAAGACCGCACCGACCGGCUGGGAUCAAAGGAUGACUUUCUUGAACUCAAGUACCAUUCCUUCUUCUCCCCGAUCAACUGGGAGGACCUGAUGGCCAAGAAGAUCACACCUCCAUUCAUCCCCUCAGUGUCCGGCCCCACAGACCUGAGACACUUCGACCCUGAGUUCACCCACCUGCCCGUCACCUCGUCUCUGUGCAACGACUCCCUGACCGUGACCAGCAGCGUCAAGGAGGCAGCCGGGGCAUUCCCAGGUUUCUCCUACGGGCCUCCUGCAGAACUCUCCUUCAUGUGAACGCUGAGAUCUGUCCUGGGAACUCACUGAAAAAAAAAGAAACAGGAUAAAAAAACUCUGGGCUGAGAGUCUUACUUUGACUGAGGGACCACACCAGAGCAGCCUGUUUUUGGGGGUGGGGUGGCGUUACACGACCUGAAAGAAGGAUCUAACUGGGCAUGAAGACUUUGUGGAUGGAUCUCGUGCAUGACAAACGUGCAGAUGUGGACUCUUCCAUGACAACAACAACAACAACACCGAUCCUACUCUUCUGCCUCAUCCACUCAAAGCUCCAAUAAAUGUGUGCCAAGUGUUGAUGCACUCUGGGAUCAUAAGACGUCCCUCGCUGUUGGCUCUCGCAGCUGCAGGUGAAGAGAAGUGCCUGAGGUUCAAAAGGCAAUUUGGACGACGACGGCGGUGGCAGCAUUUAUCAAAAACCACGACAUCAUCUUACUCACUUGGACUUUUGACCAGUGCUUAAGCCGUUUAGAGUGAUGCCUUCAAAACUUGUCUACAUAUGUUAAAACUGUUUUCCGAAGUUCAUGACGCAUUGGUUUUUUUUUUAUGUGAAUGCUCGAUUGCACUUGAGGAAACAAUGGUUGGGAAAAGUGACACAUUCUACCUUAAAGCUCCUGGGAGGAGUUUUUUAGCUGGUUAUGAAACUGAAUGAAAUUGAUACUCUUGUCUCUUUAUGAGCUAAAAGAGCAAACAACACCAUCAACUUUCAGAUUGAUAAUGUCUUUAUGUUUGUUUUCAAUGUCUGAAUCCACCACUAGCUGGUAGGUGUCGGACAACGUGAUCAACAGGACACUUUUUCUUUGACAAAGAUUUACGAUAAGUGAUACAUUAGACAGUUGCAACACAGCAGGUGAGAUUUCUUUGUUAAACUGCACAACUUUCACAUGUACCAGACAUAAAAAGCAGACAUGAGAUGUGCCGCUCUGUCUGCAGGGGGCGCCAAAAUCCACUCAAAGCAAAAGUUCCCUACAGGAGCUUUAAGCACAGCUGCAUAUCUUUCCUUGUUUUAUCGUCAUAUCUCUGUUUAGGAUGAAAAGAUAAGAGCGUUUAAUUUUGUACACUGAUAGCGGACCAAACAGUUACAGUUUUGCUUUAACACAAACACUUGUUUUCGACCAGCUUGUCCUCACAAACUUAAGAUCAAAGUUUGACUGUACUGUAUAGAAAAGGAGAAGUUACAUAUUUUACUGCAAAACUUAAAGGAUUUUCAUGUUUUCAUAACCUCAAAGAGUCUUUCUGUACUUAUAAACCACGUCUACAUAUAUAAUACAUGGCUUAUACAUGGUUCCUAGUAUAUAUAUAAAUAUGAUAGAUUUUAUUUAAAUUAUAUUUCCUGUCUGGCAAUACGUUUUAUUUUUGGUUAUUCCAUUCUGUUUCUCUUACAACCAGUGACUGUGUUCAUCGUUAUCUACUGUUUCAUGAAAGACUUCUCUCGUUGAUCAGGAGAGUUGUUCAACCAGCAAUAACAGGCCCGCAUCACUGAUAGCACAUACUGUAUAUCAUGUCUUUCAAAUGGAAGUGAUUGCUGUUUUCUUGCAAACACUCCAGACAAACUAUUUAAAUAUAUGACCACAGAUGUUUUUGUAUUUAUGCAUCAUGUAGAGAAGAACUGUGAAUGUCUCGUGCCUGUCCAAGGCGGCCUGAUCCAUAUAUACUCUGUGUACAUAUCUCUCUCCCCCUCCACCUUUUGGUCCCUUUUCUAGAAGAUAAUCUGUGUAAAGAAAGUGCUUCUUUAACUUGAUGAGGAACCACUAUAGCUGGAGUAGACUCAGUGUCAAGCCACUGGCCUACUGCACCAUACGGUUCUGGAAAGUGCAAUAAAUUCUUGUUAACUGAAGGAAUUAAAAUGAUGUAAAAUUUGUGAUUGUAAGAUGAUAUUCUUUAAUUUAUUUCAAGGAGAAUCUUCGCUCAAAAAGAGUUUGCUCAUGACUGUCUCACCCCGCUCAGUCUUCAUAUUUAAUGUAUACAAAGAGUGUAUUUUCAAGCCUGCUGAAAAAAAAAAAGGCAACACACAGUUCUGGAUAAUUUUCUUCCAUAUUUGGAAGCAUGACUUUUUUUCUGUUUUGUAUUUUUAUGCAUAUUUAUUUUCAUGCCACUGCUACUGUAUAAAGAAGAUAAUUUACAUGAUCAACUGAAAUACUGAACUGUAAUCUGUGUCAGAAAUGGCUAAUAAAAUCUCUUAAUUCAA